CCGUUUGCAUUGUGGCUACUAAUGACGUAAAAAUAUACAUUCCUUCUAUCAUGUGUGCUUUCCUUCCCUGUCAACAACCAAAAAACUAUAUCGUGAUUCGUGAUUGAUAUUUGCUAUCAGUCAAGGUAGAUUGGCUCAGAUUGGCUAAAGUGUAUCCCGUCCCGUCCCGUCAUCUAACUCAUGAUCUACCAUAACUCUUCACAGUUCACCGCGCACAUGCCAGGAUUUGCAGAUUAACAUUGACCGGAGCCAGUUAUUGACAGAAGACGCUUCCUUCCAAUUCGUAUCUCAAAAUUAUUCAAAACAGAUCCUAAUGUCCUCUGCUGGUGUGUCUGGACUCCAACUGCAUUUAAGUAUGGGUUUUUAAAGGAAAAAGGAAGAAUAGAAACCCUGAUGAUGUCUUCUUAAACUGACAAUGGGUCAUCAAAGUAGAAGCAGGAUCAUGGAAGAUGAUAUCAUUCUUAAACUACAAGCAGUUGUUGAUGAGUGUGAUGCUGCUUUUCGAAAAAUUGAAUCCCUAAAACAGCAGUGCACUCAUUUUCUGACCGACUGUUCUGAGGUUGGGCAAAGUGUUUUUAGCCAGCACAACUACACUAAAAUUGAUGAACAGCUAUCAAAAGUUCUCUCUCAUUUUGAGCAAAUCAAAUCAACUGACCUGUGCCUAAAAGAUGAAGUAUUUAGUUAUGCAAUUCCUCAUCAUCCGAAAGACUCAUCAAAUGCAGACCCUAAUAACUGUCCUCUAUAUGACAUGGAAUAUGUUACUGGAGAAAAACCUUGGUUGUUUAUGUUGAAGUACAUCAAGGAUGACAGAUGGCGCAUCUUGAAAAGAGCGCUCAUGAAAAAUCUGAGUGAAAAUUCACUGCAGCCUUACGGAAGGACGCCAGAGCAUGGAUCUCAUGUAUUAUUUUGUGAACGGAACAGAGUUUCAAGAGGCCUAGUUUUGCAGAUUCUCCCACCGCAGGCUGAUGGGAUUGAGAGUGUCAAACUUCUUGACGUAGACACAAAUGCAAUUAAAUUUGUGCAAUCAAAUCAACUGUAUCAUGUUAACCUCAUAGCAGCAAGUGUUCACUCGCAAAUACUUCAUUGUUGUCUUGAAAAUGAAUCUAAUCCCGCAAUGUGGCCAGGUGAAUUGAAUAAUAUUUUUGCGGAUGCAUUACGCGGCAGUUUGUUGCGGGUCAGACUACUUGGCAAACAUAUCGAGGAUGACAUUGAAACCACAUUUGUUCCAACGUAUUCUGUGAGAAUUCUUGCCCUGAAAACAGAUGAUAAUGUAGUUAUAGAUAUCAAUGAGUGGAUAUUGAAUCAUGUUUUUCCAGCUUUAGUGCAAUCCAAGGGCUCUUUUCAGUGCAUCGAUUUAAAAAUCUUCGAUCCAUACAGGUAUUGUCUGAGUGAUUCAGAAGCCGAGGAAAUCCUGAAAGGCGACUCAGAUGACCGCCUUGCCGACUUUGAUGAUUAUCAAAUUGACACCAUGAGCGUGACUAGUGAAGUAACCAACCAAAGCGUGUUCACUCAUAAUCGUACUUCAACUCCGGUCUCUUUUGGUCAAAGUCAAAAAAUUGGGAGUCUUUCGCCACAUGCUCCAGUAUUCACUUGCUUUGGGACAAGCACUAAAUCCAGCUCUGUAGAAACUGACAAUAAUGUUGAUACAAAAUCAGCUCCAACUGUUACAAAACCAGCUUCAGAGGUUCCAAAACCAGAACCAACCUACACAGAACCAGCCUCUGUUAUUACAAAACCAUCUUCUAGUGAAGACAUUGAUACUAGUUCAGUAGCCUCAUCGAUUAUCAGUGAAGCCUCUGAUGGAACAGUGCGAUCAGUGAUCUCAUCUCUCUCCUCAGCUGAUGUGAAAGAUGUGACCUUAGCAGCCUUGCUUGACAGUGUCCCUGAUGUUAGUAACAUUUUAAGUCAUGUUUUCUCAAAAGAUAACUGCCAUGAUAUAGAUGAAGAUAUUCAAGAUGAAGAAGCCUCUGCCCCUGCAAGUCAACAUGAAACUCAAAUUUCAUCCCAAGUUGUCUCAGAAAGGGACAAUGUAGAACGAAACUCACCAAUACCUGUGGAUCCUGCAGAUGUUAUAACAGCAAACAAAGAACAACCAGUGACCAAGCCCCAUUCAGUCCAAAUAGAACCAAAGGAAAGACAGACAAAAACUACUGUAAAAUCCCAUACUGCACCUCUCAAGUCCUCCCAACCAAGUCAGCAAUCAAGCACUAGUUUUUCAAACGAUCCUCUUCUCUUCUCGAGACCUCCCUCUACGGCCCCUCCAACUUCUUAUCCUCCUGGAUUCGGAACCACCCGACCUCAAUACCAUCAACCUCAAUACCAUCAGGGUCCUCCUCCACCCUCGAUGGUACGGCCACCAAUUUACGGUAGCUAUCAAGGUGCCAGUAUCUACAUGUCUGGCCAGUAUCAGAGUCCGAUGUUUUAUAAUUAUAAUCAGACGGCACCUCCUCAAUUCAACAUGAACUACUACGCGCAGCAGCCUCGCUUUAACCCAUCACCGAUGAUUAACCCGCAACAAGUUUUCAAUCCUAUGAUAAACUCUGUGCAAAUAAGUCAACAUCCUCCAAUUAGUGCAGCUCAACAAUCUACCUAUCAGCAUCUAGCACAGCUUCCGAUCGUUCCAGUGGCAUCGAGUCAAAAUUCACAGCCAUCAAACAGUUCGGGAAGUAAUGUAAUAGCCAGUGAAAUGACCAACACCAAAAUCAACCGUAAAGCCAAAGUAAUGGAGAAGGUUAAGGAAACUAUCAGUUGCAAAAACUCCAACGAUAGCAAUAGUUCCAAAGACUCUUUAAAUUCAGUUGAAAGUAAAGGGAAAGACACUCCGAAUCCGAGCAGGAACUCAUCCUUAGAACCCACCAAAAAACCUUCAUGGUCUGUCAAUGACUUAGGAAACAGCUCAAAGGAUCCUUCCACUUCUACAAUUUCCAAGCCUCUAUCUACAAUCGUUCCAACAUUCUACAUCCCUGCCUCAAAAGACUGUAUUCCCAAAGACACCACGUUAUCAGGGAUUUUAACCUACUACAUUUCUCCGCAGUCCUUUUACAUCCGAUUAAACAAUGAGAAGUCUCAGGAUGGCGAUCGGCUAACGCAGGAAAUGGCCGACUACUAUUCAGACCCAAAAAAUAUCAUUGAGUUUAUGUCAAAGGAUGAAGCAAAAUCUGCUCUUGGUGACUAUGCUGCUUGUCUAUGGUCAACAGAUUGCAAGUGGUAUCGUGUUGAAUUACAAGAUUGGAAUGUGGAUUCUGAGUCUGUUCGAGUUUUUUACAUAGAUUAUGGUAAUUAUGAAAAUGCUCACUGGACCAGUCUUCAACCUCUAACAAAGAAAUUUGCCAAACCUGAAAAAUUAGCCAUCAAAUGUGCAUUAGGACGUGUUAGACCAGUCGCAUCCUCUGGAUGGGAAAUACCAGUUCAUGAUUUCAUUAAAUCUUUGUACCGCCCCGAAUGGAAUGUCUUGAUUAAAGUAGAAGACACUUACAAUUCUGAAAUUUUUGAAACAAUGAUUGUUGAUCUUGCCUAUCCACAGCAGUACGAAAACAAAACCAUUCGUGAUCUCCUCAUAGAAAACAACCAUGCUUGCCUCGAGGAAAGCGAAGUAACAUUCUAUGAGAAAUGGAAACCCAUGGAAGAAGAUUUUAACUCUGUGCGCAAUUCUUAUGAAAUUGACGACGAUGAUGCUGUCCAAGCUAUCGCAGGAUACAAACCCACUGAUGACUCUAGAAUCUGUAAAUUUUAUGCUGAAAAAGGCUUCUGCUGGAAGCAAGAGAAGUGUAACAAGGAGCAUUCUCUAGUUGAUCCAGAUGUUUUCACAACAGACAAGAUUCCAGUCUUCUCCUCAGCUUUUAAUCAAUUAGAACCACCUCUUCGUAAUAGUGAAUGGAAAGUCAAAGUCAAUGAUGUGGUCUCCUUAAAUAGAUUCUAUGCCCAUUUGCCUUCGCACAUGACCCGAUUGCAUUUGGGUGAAGGUGUACACAUGGAUCUCAGCAAUUUGCAUGGAGAAUUAAAUAAUCCAACUCAUGCAAGAUGUUUCAAACGUGUAACAAUAAAGCCUGCUCCUGGAGAGUUGGUGCUAGCCAAACAUGAUGAUUACUGGUAUCGUGCUCGUGUCCAGUUCAGUGAUGAGAACAAUGGAAAUUCAUUUAAGGUUUUCUUUGUUGAUUGUGGAACUACAGCUGAUGUAUCUUUGGUAGAUCUCCGUCAAAUGGAUGCCGCAUUUCUCAAGUUACCCUUCCAGGCUGUACUUUGCAUAAUCACGAAUAUUAUCCCAAUGGAGGGUCUGAGCCAGCAGGAUCGUGAUAAUGGAGUGGCCUUUCUGGAUGGCCUCUUAGCCGAUGGCAAACCCUUAGUCAAAGUCAUUGGAUCGGAGCCAGGCGAUAUACUUACUUUAGAAGUUCUAGUCAAGACUAAGGACAAAGACGUUGGAGAUGCCAUGAUUGAAGCAGGCUUUUGUGAUUUCAAGGAAAUAGUUCCCUCUAAAAGCUCCUCCUCAAAGGUACCAAUACCAGGAUAGUGUCAGCUCAGAAAAAAGGAAAUUACUUACUUUCAAAAUGAACAAAUAAAUAGAAGAAAUAGUAUUAUAUAGCUGACUUAGAUGGCUCAACACUCUUUUAAAAUUCUUGAGUGGGAGUUGUGAAUUAUUUCAUCUUUUUUUUUUUUUUUUGGUCGAUGGUUGGACCAUUUUACUUUAGCACUGCCACUAGUCUUGUGUAUAUAAAAUUGGCCCAAAAAUGAGUAAUCCAAACUGUUCCUUUAUUAUAAAACAUGCUCAGAAUUUUUAUACAGUAAUCAAAACAUUUUUGUCCAUGUGUUUGUUAAAAAAAUAAGGAAAGAAGAAAACAAAUUGAAAUGGUUGCUGUUUCAUAACAGCUUUUAGCACCUAUCUCUCCUGCCUAUGUACUUAUGUAAUGGCCUUUUUGAAGUAGGAUGGCAAAGGGCAAUGUUCAAGCACUUACAGUUUUUUUUCCUCCAAUACUCGCCUUGGGAGGCUAGUCAACUGCCCUUUGCAGGGUUUUUUUCUUAAUCUUUUUUCUUCUUAUUUAAUCAAUUUAUAUGUAUAAUACGUAACAUUCAAGUUUAUUUUUAUACUGAGAAUUCCAUGACUAAAGCCAAUCCCUUUUUAAUACUCCUCAAAAGGCAAUGGUCUCUCAAGAUCUGAUCUCAAUUUUAAGAAGAUUCGUCUCUUUCAAAAGCAAUGAUUUCAAUAUUUCUCAAUUGCAAACAAAGGAAUAAAUGGGUCAGUUAGAACUCAGGUUUCUGCAGACAUAUAUCCUCUCAUAUCUAAAGUCUAGUAAUGGAUAUUGGAAUUUCUGCAAUUUUUUGCGAAUGAAGAUCACACACCUGUUCAAUUAACAAUGAACUUUCAGAUGAGAUUGGAUCAAACUCCAAAAGACGGCUCUGUAGAUUAUUGCUGCAGAUGUUAGGAUAACUCACAUUACUACCCUAACAUUGUGAUAAAACUCUCUCCUUUUUUUGGAUAGAUAAUAAAAUUCAUAGCCACUCAAACAUGAAAAUACCACAUUUAAUCGGAAAACCACCUGUCCGCAUGUCAGUUAAAUUCUGCAUUGUUUUUUGUGCAGCAGUUUAAAGGAUUUAAGCCUCAGCUGCAUGUUAUUCGUAUAAACCGCAGUUGUAAGAAGAGAAAAGAGGGAAACAAAAAACUAAGAGAAAUAAACAAGUUAUAGAAGAAAAACCUGAGGAAGGAACAUAUGAAACUUAGCAUGUAGAUGAAGACUCAGAAAAUUAAAACACAAUGUUCAGGAACAGCAUUCUCAAGUGCUGCGCGUGGACACAGUUAUGCUCCUACAUAAGUCUGCAGGCAGUGGAGACUCGUUUUCUUGACAGUUGUGAAGCAGCAAAAUUCCAGGAAGUUUUUUUUCCUCUUUUUUCAUAGAGUCUUUUGCUGAAAUUUUUGAUCAGUAAUUGACGAUUUUGGGAUUAUUUUAUCAUUUUUUGUGAAACUCUCAGAUUUCAAGUGCCUCUUAGUUUGAAAGAAAGAAAUUGACCUUGUAAAUGGAGGAUUCGAUCAUCUCAAUUUUCAUGUUUUAUCAAGAGAUCUGUAUCAAUUUUAAAUUUAUAUGUGCUCCAAUUUUAAGGGUCCUAGAUUCUCAUGCUUUAAGUGAGUUCACCCUUGAUGAUAAUUACUGUACUCUCAACUAAAGUGAACAUUUUCCGUCCACAAAUCUUGUCCUACAAAUGAACAUCUCAGCAAUGCCCCUCAGCUUUAAAUCAUUUUAGUUAAACUUAAAAAGUCACUCAUAUUGGUGCUAAACACAGAAUAAAUUGCAACAUUUGUAAGAUAAACUAAAAUUUUCUGUAAGAUUUUUGUAAAAUGUUUGUCGAAAGUUACUAAAGUUAAGUUACAAAAUACUCAAGAAGUGCACAGCAGCAUUUUUACGUAAAAAAGAACAAGAAAUGUUGCCUAACUCACAUAUAUUAACAGUUUUUCUCAGAGUUUUCCUCUUGAAAUUAAUGAAUUUUUAAACAGCCAUUGCUACUAAGGUCAUUAUCGAUGCUUUCAUCAAUCCUCAUGUGGUAUUUAAGUAGCCUUCUGAAAGAUCUGUUGCUUUAAAAUUCUUGACAUUUCAAAUCCAAUAUUAUGGUAAUGAGCAUAACAGUGGUACUUGUACCUAGCAUUAUUGAACAUUAAAAUGGGCGUAUUUGUAAGAAUUUGUAUUUAUUUCUAUAAAAUGGGCAUAUUUUUCAUUGAGGGGUUGAUCAAUAGUUUAUCCUAUUUCAAAUGGGAGCUUUAUUCUUGUGAGUUUGCUGGAAUUAAAUGACUGAUAGUGAUGUAAUACUUGUUUAAAUACACAUAAAGGUACCUCUCCUGCAGGAAAAAUGAUGGAGUUAUCAAUUUAGCAUUACAGGAGAAUCUUAAAUUUUAAGGAUUAAAAAAUGAUCCAUGGUCUUCAAAAGCCAAGACGCAUCGAGUUGCAAAUUAGAAUACAAUGUUAUCGUUUCGGAAACAUUGAUUUUUAUUUUAUUGUAUUUAUUUCUUUCAGUAUGUACUUAUUUUUGGUAAUUUUUUAUUUUUCCUACAAAUUUCUUGAAUUGGUUUUUCCAAUAAAGAUGUGGGGUGUUCAAUCACAACAAGAUAAUAUGACAAUAUCAGUGAAAUCAAUUUUUCAAGGUUUGUGAUUAUUUACCUUAGUUUCCUCAUAAAAUUUCACCCACAGCUCUUCUAGACUUUUUCCAAUUUUUUAAGUCAGUGCAAGUAUCAUGACUUUUCGGUUUAUUAUUUAUGUUUUGUUGUUUUAAUUUUUCUCAUCUGUUCUUUAUUCUCUAAGUAUUAAUUUUUUUCUCUAAAAAAUUAAUAGUCACUUAUUUUUUAUAGAUAUAUUUAUAUUAAGGCUACACACUUUCAUUCAUUCUAAUUAUGUAUGUUAAUUUUACUAUAGAGUUAUAUUUUAUGUAUGGUUUUCUUAAAUUCAUUUGUCUCUUUAAAUUAUGUAAGUAUGUAUUUUAGCACCUACCAGUCAAGACAAGUUGUACCUAAGACUUGGUAUCAAAUAUUGGACUUUAGCACAAGAAAGUUUAAUCCUUAGUGGAAGAUUCUGAACUAAUAUUACCGAGAUAUAAUGCGAUAUUGUUUUCUCAUCUUUUGAAUUGUGUUUAAGACAUGUAAAGAAUCCUCCUGUCCAAUGCAAAUUAUCAUACACCAAUGAGUGUCAACUUAGUACAAAUAUUUGUAUGAUUUUGUUUCAUGCAAGUGAAAAAUUUUGUACAUGCAUAUUGUUCUCGUAUGCCAAUAAAUCUCUAUUUUGAUAA